CUCUGAUCUUGUUUCCCGUUUUUAAACCUCGCACAUGCGCAUUUCAUUUUAAAAAUGGCGGCCGUGCAGGGUGGUCUGGGCGACGCGGUGGAAGAAAAAGACAUAAAAACGGAACCGGCGAGCGACGGCUGCGGGAAUAACAAUGCAACCGACGGAAGACUGCUCUCCACGUCCCCCGGCUCCGGUGCUGCGGCUGGGGGUAACAAACCCGCGGCAGGAGCAGCAGCAGCAGCUCCGGAGGACCAGCAGACGCUGCUGGCGGUGCUGCAGUUCCUCAGGAAGAACAAACUCACCGAGUCCGUGGAGAUCCUGCGUCGUGAAGCGGGAUUACCGGAGGACUCACCGGACCUGAAGGCGGGUGAUUCCUCCGGUGCAGGCUCUGGAGCUGCAGCGGGCGGUGUGGAGGCAGAAGGCGGCGAUGCGAGCUCUCUGCUCAGCCGGGUGACCAGCUCAUCCUCCGCUGUAGUCCCGCCGCCAACUAAAGCUACUACUGGGGAGGAUCAGCCAGACGUGAACGUGGUGCUGUCGGCUUACAGCCAGCAGGGAGACCCAAAGCUGUACCCGGUUUACUACAGCGGCCUGAAGAGGUUCAUAGAAUCGGUUUUGGACUGUCACCGAGCAGAGCUGUCCCAGGUCUUCUACCCGCUGUUUGUGCACAUGUAUCUGGAACUGGUGUACAACAAUCACGAAAGUGAGGCCAAGGCGUUCUUUGACAAGUUCACUGGCGAUCAAGAGUGUUACUACGAAGACGACUUGCUUGUUUUGUCCAGCUUGUCCAAGAGGGAGCACAUGAGAGGCAACGAGACCCUAAUGGACUUCCGCACCAGCAAGUUCGUCCUGCGUAUCUCCCGGGACUCCUACCAGCUGCUGAAGAGGCACCUGCAGGAGCGCCAGAACAACCAGAUCUGGAACAUCAUACAAGAGCACCUCUACAUUGACAUCUUCGAUGGCAUGCCGCGCAGCAAGAGCCAGAUCGACGCCAUGUCUGGCAGCUUGGCAGGAGAGGCCAAGCGAGAGGCCAAUAAGGCUAAGGUUUACUAUGGACUGCUGAAGGAGCCAGAAAUUGAGCUGCCUCUUGAUGACGAGGAUGAGGAGGCAGAGAAUGAGGAGGGUAAACCCAAGAAGAAGAAACCCAAAAAGGACAGCAUGGGCUCCAAGAGCAAGAAGCAGGAUCCUAAUGCACCUCAACAGACUAGGAUCCCUCUUCCAGAACUAAAGGAUUCAGACAAGCUGGACAAGAUCAUGUACAUGAAGGAGGCCACCAAGAGGAUCCGCCUGGGACCAGAUAACCUGCCCUCCAUCUGCUUCUACUCUUUUCUCAAUGCUUACCAGGGUCUGACUGCAGUGGACUUCACAGAUGACUCCAGCCUGAUCGCAGGAGGCUUCGCUGACUCCACAGUACGGGUGUGGAGCGUCACGCCGAAAAAGCUCCGCAAGGUCAAGUCCUCAGCAGACUUGAAUCUGAUCGACAAAGAGUCGGACGAUGUGCUGGAGAGGAUCAUGGAUGAGAGGACGGCCAGUGAGUCAAAGAUCCUCUAUGGACACAGUGGCCCGGUGUAUGGCAUCAGCUUCAGUCCAGACAGAAACUACUUGUUGUCAAGUUCUGAAGAUGGUACCGUCAGGCUGUGGAGUCUCCAAACAUUUACUUGUCUGGUGGGCUACAAAGGCCACAAUUACCCAGUGUGGGACACCCACUUUUCCCCUCAUGGGUACUAUUUUGUCUCCGGGGGACAUGACAGAGUUGCCCGUCUGUGGGCAACAGAUCACUACCAGCCUCUGCGGAUGUUUUCCGGUCACCUAGCUGAUGUCACUUGCGUCCGCUUCCACCCCAACUCCAAUUAUGUGGCCACGGGAUCUUCUGAUCGCACCAUCCGGCUCUGGGAUGUCCUGAGCGGGAACUGUGUCCGCAUCUUCACGGGUCACAAGGGGCCUAUCCAUGCGCUGUCUUUCUCUCCCAAUGGGAAGUUCUUGGCUUCAGGAGCCACUGAUAGCAGAGUUCUCCUGUGGGACAUCGGUCACGGGCUGAUGAUUGGAGAGCUUAAAGGCCACACAGACGCCAUCUACUCCCUCCGGUUCAGCAGAGACGGAGAGAUCCUCGCCUCUGGCUCCAUGGACAACACGGUUCGUCUGUGGAAUGCUACGAAAGCGUUCGAUGAUUUAGAGACUGAUGAUUUCACAGCAGCUACAGGACACGUGCAUUUACAAGAUAACUCCCAGGAGCUUCUGCUGGGAACCUACAUGUCUAAAUCCACACCUGUCACACACCUUCACUUCACCCGCAGGAACCUGCUGCUGGCCGCUGGGGCCUACAAUCCAUGAGACAUUAUUGAAUUAUGAGAAAAAUAAUCUACAGAAACUUGAAAUUAAGCAAACAUCUGGUCCUCACAGGUAACUGGAGAGGUUUGUGGUGCAGUUGGAGUAAAACAAAACUGUAUUAACAAAUGAGCUCUGGUGAGAAUCUAGCUGUGAAUGAAAAUUAAAAAAAUUAGGUUAGCCGACUCCUGUUCCGGCCCUCAGUCUGACGGAUUCGGGGCCCACAAAUCAAGCUGAUCUAUUGCAGAUAUCUCUUCACAGUGCCAUUGUUGAUUGAGGAAUGUUUUUUUAAAAAUCACUGCCACGAGUACAGCUUUGUUCAACAUGUGGCUGACACAUCUGUAUCAUAGUAUUUUAUACUGGUGUACACUGUAAAUAAAACAAACAUGUUUUUUU